GCCCGGCGCGGGCAUUGCCGCCAGCCGAGCUUCGGCUCGACAAGCCUCUACUGUAGCCGCACCAUCUCCUCAAACUACACCUCACCUCCGAUCCAUCAAAGACAUAGGUAACCAUGUCGGGAGUAUCAGCAUUGAUUCGGGGCCUGAACCAAAAGAUUCGAUCGAACAGGACGACAGACUAUCUCUGUUCUACGCAUUUCUGGGGUCCAGCAUCCAACUUCGGGAUUCCAAUUGCCGCAAUUCUUGACACGAAUAAGAGUCCGGAUCUUAUUUCCGGUCAGAUGACUGGCGCCCUCACUAUCUACGCUUUCACUUUCAUGCGGUACUCUCUAGCCGUGAUCCCGAAGAAUUACCUUCUCUUCGCGUGCCAUUUCCUGAAUGCUGGCGCGCAGCUGACGCAAGGAUAUCGAUGGACGAUGUACCAUUAUGGUGCGGGUGCUGAUGGCAAGGCAGGGAAGAUUGCUUCAGUUUGAGAAUUUUAGAUCGUUCUGGGCAUUUUUUCUCUUUUUCUCCCCUCGCAGGUAGAUGAUCGCAGGCGACUAGAGCUUGCUUUGGUGCCUAAUCAAUCAUGAUUUUUCACGCUGGACAGUUAAAUGGAUUUGUUUUUUCCCCCUUGGCAUCUAAAACUUAACGGAUGUCCUCGAGCCAUUGUUUGUUGCCCGGAGGAUAUAGAGUACUGUUUCAUCUAUAUCUUUCUAGCUGUCUCGUUCCACAAACUCAACCAUGAUAUCCUCCGUGAGGAAUGUCGUGAACCGCUCCACGAUACCGAUAUUCUUAGUCUUCGUGGUCAUGUGAAAGGUUCAAAAGAGAUAGUAAGUGCUAUAGUUAUUUCCGCCUCUGCCAGACUAGAUAGUGUUAUAACAUAGAGAUAUUUAGAG